GAUUUCAUUGUUCAGAAUUUAAAAAUAUUACUCAUGUAAAACGUGUUACAAGCAUAUUAUUUCUCGAGUUGAUCGAAACAUUAUGCAGUAUGUAAAAGAGCAUGCAGGGAUUGUGUCCAAAAUGGUGCCAAACAUAACCGUGUUCGUCCUGAUAAUGGCUCUCAGUUCUGUUGCGGCCCAGACCUUCCAGUACUCCAGGGGCUGGACGAACGGCAAGCGGGACGGCCACAGAGCUGAGCCUGUGGCCAGCAGUCUCGAGAGGAUCCUGAGUCCGUGCCAGAUGAACAAGCUGAAGUAUGUGCUGGAAGGGAAGCCGGUCAAUGAACGGUUAUUUAUCCCUUGUGACUACAUGGACGAGGAAGAGAACCAGCCCAAAAGGUACAAGAACGAGCGUAACCAGGACCCACUCUUCGAAGUAUUCCAAUAAAUUCCAACAAUACAACAUUAGUUCGUAAAAACAUGUGCCACAGUUUUCCAGGUUUGUUUUUAUUUAUUAUAUGUAGGAGUAUAUGAUAUUUUGACGAUUUAUUUAUUCAAUGCUAUGAAAAAUCAUGGUAAUUGUAAGUUUAUUCUAGAGGAUCUACUUAGUAUACAGAAGUGAUGACUGUUCGC